AUGGAUAGUAUGGAUGGAAGUAAUAUGCGUUUUGGAUUUUUUGGACAGUUAAAUAAUCUUAGCAACGAAGAAUUACAAGAAGCAGCUAAAAAACUUGUAGCUGUAUACGAUGACGACUUGUUGUGUGUUGAAAUAAUUCAUUUUCUGAAUUUAUAAAACUUUAUUCCAAGCCAGCAGAAAUGAGUAUUGAGCAUUUUAUGUACAAAACUUUAAUUGAAAAAGACGUAAUAUCAGCUUUUCCAAAUGUUGAAAUCGCAUUACGCAUGUAUUUAGUAAUUAUGGUCACCAAUUGUAGUAGUGAACGCACAUUUUCAAGAUUGAAAAUUAUAAAAAAUAGAUUACGAACUACAAUGAAUGAAGAUCGUUUGAACNAAAGUGAUGUGUUGGAUAAUCUGUCAUUUGAUGAUAUUAUAGAUGACUUUGCAGAAAAGAAAUCAAGAAAAGUAUGCAAUUUAUAA